CGAAGACUGUCAUUUUUUAAAUCCGAAUAAUAUAAUGGCGCGUAUAUAAAGCGUUUCGCUGAAAAUCAUAGUGAGAUCAAAGAUUUGUCCAAAGAUAAUAAUUAGUCAGUCAGGCAGUAUUUCCACUGAAGGAUUUAUCCCUUUUUCGAUCCCGGCGACAGAUCACAAAGUGAUACAAAUUUUUUCUAUUCAACAUAAGCUUGGAUUAAGUAAUUAGUUCCCAAUGUAGCGAGAGAUUCGCCUCUUUUAAAUCACGGGACGGAAUAUACAUAGCGAAACCCUUCGGAGAUAAAAGGCGUACAUGUGUGGGUAUGCGUUAUCUAUUCUAAUCUAUUUACCGUGUUAAUUGUUCUGGACCCAUAUUUACAUGUUAAAUCUCGGGUAACAUCCAAAUCGUGGAAAUACUGAUUUUAAUUUUCAGUCUUUUAGUUUAUUUGUCUCUGUUCGGAACUGUCAUAUUAUGCUGUUAUCACAUCAAUUGUCAAUAAUUGGUGAGAGGUACUUAAAUAUUGGUGUCGUAUCUUGUUUAGCAUUUUGCAAGCUGAAAAUGGAUUCAUUAAAUAAUCCUAUCAGACAGAGAAUUAAUAAAAUAUUCGACAAUCACAUAAUAACGGACAACAGCGACGUACUACACACAGUAUCUGGAUUAUGCUCGUCAAAUUCAGCCUACACCAGACGCGUUUUAGUAAAUGAAAUCGAAAAACGAGAUAUGCUUGUAAAUAAAACUGUGUUAUGUGAAUAUAAUAAGGUAAAGGACAAAUUACAGACAUUAUUGGAUUCUUUGCACUGUUUGGGAACUGCAGUCGACGACAUGUCAAACAGGCUUCGUGUAACUAAAACUAAAACCCAUCAUAUUAUAACUCAGACUACAAAACUAAAAGACGAAAGAAAAAAGACAGAAAAGAAACAUGUUUGGGUUAAUGCAUAUGUGAGUAAUUUUCAACUUAGCCCAGAAAAAAUUGAAUACCUUAGUAAUGUGUCUAUUAAAACACCAUUGACUUUAGAUUUUUUCACAACACUAUCACAGGUCGAAAAAUUAUAUGAUAAUUGCAAAAUUCUUGUAAAAUGUUGGUAUGAGACAUCGGCUUUUGAUAUCAUGGAAACAGUGGGGCUACAGCAAGAGGUUGCAAUAGAAAAAUUAUAUCACUGGACUAUUGGGGCUUGUCUCAGUACAGAUUCACCUCAUAAUGCUUUAGUGCCAACAGCUUUGGCCAAAUUCCAGAACAGACAAGUCCUUUUUUCUAACAUAAUUGAUGAAUACUGUUCGGCACGAAAAGCAACUAUAGUACAGCUGUUCAUUGAUGCCUUGACAAAAGGUACCACAAGUGGCUCAAAACCAAUAGAAUUCUAUGCAAAUGAUGCUAAGCGCUACAUUGGAGAUAUUCUAACUUGGGUUUAUCAAGCUAUUCCCAUUGAAAAAGAGAAUCUCUGUUUAUUGUUCAAAUAUUGUAACAUGGACAAUAAAAAUGAUCAGAUUAUUGAAGCAUUAACUAGUAUAAUAGAAGCCAUAUGUCCAUUACUCAAAGUGCGAAUUGAACUUAUACUGAAACCAGAUAAGGACCCACUGAUUUUGUGGUCCAUAACAAAUUUAAUUAUAUAUUAUAGGGAUAUAAUUCAAAGUACGAUUAAUAAAGGUCAUUUGGUUAACACAUUAGAGGAACUACUUAAGAAAAGCGAAGAAGUAUUUCUUGUAACAUUAGAAAGCAAGAUACAGAAAGAACUAAGUCAUGGAGUAAAGGCACCACCAGUGGAUUUAAACCCAUCUGUUGUUGUGACAGAUCUAGUCAGUUUCUUGAGAGAUUUGUUGGCUAUUAUGAAUAUAUCAAAUAAUAUUAACACAGCUGAUAAGAAGUUAAUAAUAACACAUAUUUUAGAUCCACUUUUACAAGCAAUUAAUGAGACAGCUUGUCACUUGAGUUCUACAGAUAUGUCAGUGUACAUGUUGAAUUGUAUUUACCACAUACAGUGCACACUUUCUUUAUAUACUGUUAUGGAUGAAUACAAUGAGAGAUUACAGGCACAAUCAGAGGCCCAGAUUGAUACACUAACAUCAGAACAAGCUAGUUACCUUGUGGCUAAUUUGAAUUUAGGUCCCAUUUAUACAAUUUUACAGGAGAAGACAAGUGGCCCAUUAUCUGCCAUACCAGGAAUGGACACUUCAACACUGAAAACAUUUUUGAAAAAAUUUGACAUGUUUCUGGUUUCCCCUGAAGUUUAUGUUUUGCCACAGUUGAAUCUUCUUUUAAGUCAUUCCCACAAGUCACAUGUUCGAAAGCGUGCUUUUGAUGUUAUAUUAGCUAUUUAUGCACAACUGUACCAUGAUGUCCAUAACCCUGCUAAUGGAUAUUCUGACCCCCAAGCAAUAGUAAAAAGGACACCCGAAGAAGUAAAUAAAUUGUUAAUGUAAUCAGUGGUGUAGAAUCGAUUCUUGCCCCCCUAGGUGUGGACCUAAAAUGUGUUGUGCCUACUGAGAGCAAAAAAAAAUACCUUUUAACUAAACAUAAAUAAUUGUCACACACACCCAACAGAUGCGACAAAAUGUCCAAUAUUUUAAUGAUUUCAUAUUUUCGCUAGGGGCGGACUGCCCUUGCCGCCCUAUAGUUUAAUAGAUUUGUUUCCAUAAUUAACUUAUUUGUAUAAUAUAAUUAUUGCUUUCUGUAUGUACUUUCUGAUUGUUUUAUGAAGUAUAAUAAUUUAAUUCAAUUGUGUAAUAAACUAAAAUAAAUAAUUAUUGAAAACAA